ACCGAACGCUACCGGAAAUGGUCGAAAUAAAUAAAAGAAUUUAACCUUAAAAUUUGUAAUAGUUGCUUAUAUUUAUUUGAAGUUCUUGAAGUGAUACACUUUAGUGUGAUCCUAGAUAUCUUUGAUUGUGAUUGGAGAAAGUGUGAAGUUACAUUAAGAUGGUUUUCAAUAACUUAUGUCUGUUUGGAGUACAAACUCAGUAAGCCUCGAAUUGGGCAAUAAUACUGGAAACCAUAGGCUUAACUUUAGCAAUACAAAAAUUUACAACAGAAAUCAUAGGUGCAAGAUGUCUGAUCACGGCAAUGACUUCAACACGCCCAGAUAUGUGUCGUGGAAAAAGUUGCACCUGUCCAGGGCAAAAUUAAAGGCCUCUAGCAAAACGUCAGCACUUCUAGCUGGUUUCGCUAUGGUGGCCAUGGUGGAACUUCAGCUGCAACCUGACAGCCAAGUCCCAUCGUCUGUUUUGGUGGUGUUCGCGAUAAUUACCACACUUCUGGUGGCAGUGCACAUGCUAGCCUUGAUGAUAAGCACUUGCAUCCUGCCCAACAUUGAAGCCAUUUGCAGCCUGGACGCUAUCAACUUGGUGGAGGAAUCUCCGCACGAAAGAUUGCACUGGUACAUAGAGACCGCUUGGGCGUUCUCCACCUUGCUAGGGCUGCUGUUGUUUCUGGCGGAAAUUGCGAUUCUGUGUUGGGUCAAAUUUUACGAUAUCAACAAAACGGCGGCCUAUUCCGCAUGCAUCAUUCUGAUACCGAUUUUGUUUAUUUUUCUCGGUUUCGCCAUACACUUUUACAGGUCUUUAGUGGCUCACAAAUACGAAACGACGAUGUCGGGGAUAAGGGAGUUGGAAAAACUUAAGGAACAGAUCGAGCAGGGCGAUAUGGACCAUUCCAAUGGCAUAAACGACCUAAUUUCCGGAAUACACGUAGUUUAGUCGUUAAUACGAGGCUGUGUUUUUUAGUGACAAAAGGUUUUACUUAAGAGAAAUUAUCUCGGUUUUAUUUGAGAUUUUGGGUGCAAUGGGGAUGUUGGGAAUAUUAAAAGCGACUGAAAAAAAACAAUUAAAAAAAAAUAAACUUUGUUGUGUUUGUUUGUUCAUUUGUCUUCGGGAAAAUGCACGGUUUCUGUGGGAUAAAACCCGUAACGCAACCACGUGUAACCUGGGUUGCCUACAUUCCUAGUUGUGUGCGUACUUAUUAUUAGUUGUUUUUUUCGGUUAUGCAUUUUCCUAAUUACUUAAUUUUCAUAUAUUUUUAUAUAAUAACCAAAACAUUAAUGCAUUUUUGCUUGCAAAUCUCAUUAUAUUUAUUUUAUCUUCUUAAUAAUUUAGCAGUUUUACUAAUACUACAUAUAAAGACUGCAUGGGUAUAAUAAUUAAAAUAAUCAGUGUCUUAAAAGAUGUUAAAGGGUCAAUAAAACUACUAGGUACUAAAUUUCUGUUAAAUAAUUUUAAGCUGUGAUUUAAUAUUAGUUUCCAAGAUUAAUAUAUGUAUUUUAUAAAUAUGUUUACAAAGUAAAUGUAAUAAAGCAUAUUUUUACUAAAUGACGUUGCUAUCACUUUCCAACAUAUACCAUGUAGUCAGCGACAUGUCGGUAAUACUAUUGUUUUUUACGCAAGCCUGUAGGGCAGUGUAAGUCGGGCUUUGCAUCAGAUUCGUCAUGUCGCGAAUUAAAACGUCAUCGUCACGUAAUUCAGCCUAAAAAUAAUAAAAGUUAUAAAAAUUAGCCUUAAAGUUAUAAGAGAACUAAAAUUGACACCACUUUAUAUUUUGCGGAUUAUCUCGAAAAAUUAGUACCGUGGCUAUUAAGAUAUUUACAUUAUCUUAAAGUGGAUGAAAUUAUCUAACAUUUGAUAUAAAUAUUUAUCAAAUUGGGUGAAAAUUAACAAAACUAUAGACUUCCAAAUUUGUUGGAAAUUUUAAAAAUUAAAAAUUGACACGACUUUUUAUUUUCUGGAUUAUCUCGAAAAAUUAGUAUUGUGACGUAUUAAGAUAUUUACAUUAUCUUAAAGUAGAUGAAAUUAUCUAACAAUUGAUAUUAAUAUUUUUUAAAUUUAAUAAAAAAUAACAAAGCUACAGACUUCCAAAGUUGUUGCCAAUUUUAAAACUUAAAAAUUGACACAAAUUUAUAUUUAGUGGAUUAUCUCGAA